CCAGUCCCUGCAGGCUGCUUGGCUCUCUGGUGCACAGGUCUCCUGGCAGUGCCAGCGAAGAGCGUAAAUCGGCGCUCGCUCCCACAGCGUCCUAUAAAUGCUCUGCCUUCUCUCUUUUUCCUAGUCGGCACGGCACAGAUUAACAACCAUUAUUUUCUCAGCAAUCUUUGCAUCGAAAUUGCGUCGGUAACAACGAGGGAUGCUUGCAGAGCACAGGGAGAACAGUAGGGCUGGCUUCGGCCUCAAGAAGCCUCUAAAGAUGAAUAUGGUGAAGAGGAUCAUGGGGAGGCCGCGGCAGGAGGAGUGCAGCCCGCAGGACAACGCGCUGGGACUCAUGCACCUGCGCCGCCUCUUCUCUGAGCUCUGCCACCCGCCGCGCCACAUGACACAAAAAGAGCAGGAGGAGAAGCUCUACAUGAUGCUGCCUGUUUUCAACCGGGUGUUUGGGAACGCUCCACCGAACACGAUGAAUGAGAAGUUUUCAGACCUGCUGCAGUUCACCACUCAAGUGUCCAGGCUGAUGGUGACUGAGAUCAGACGGAGAGCGUCCAAUAAAUCAACAGAGGCGGCCAGCAGAGCCAUUGUGCAGUUUCUGGAGGUAAAUCAGAGCGAGGAGGCAAGCCGGGGCUGGAUGCUUCUGACCACCAUCAACCUCCUAGCCUCCUCAGGACAGAAAACAGUGGACUGUAUGACCACCAUGUCGGUGCCCUCCACGCUGGUCAAAUGUCUAUAUUUGUUUUUUGACCUGCCCCACAUGCCCGAGGUUCCUGCUGCCACCCAGACUGAGCUUCCUUUGGCGGACCGCAGAGCUCUUCUACAAAAAGUCUUUGUCCAGAUCCUGGUGAAGCUGUGCAGUUUCGUGUCUCCGGCAGAAGAGCUGGCUCAGAAGGAUGAUCUGCAGCUGCUCUUCAGUGCCAUCACCUCCUGGUGUCCCCCCCACAACCUUCCCUGGAGGAAAAGCGCCGGAGAAGUGCUUACCACCAUCUCCCGACACGGCCUCAGCGUCAAUGUUGUCAAGUACAUCCACGAGAAAGAGUGUUUGUCAACGUGCAUCCAGAACAUGCAGCAGUCAGAUGACCUCUCUCCUCUAGAGAUUGUGGAGAUGUUUGCUGGGCUCUCUUGUUUUUUGAAGGAUUCAAGUGAUGUCUCUCAGACACUCCUGGAUGACUUCCGCAUGUGUCAGGGCUACACCUUUCUCAUAGAUCUUAUGAUCAGGUUGGAGCAGGCCAAAGAGGAUGAAUCCAAAGAUGCUCUGAAGGACCUGGUGAACCUGGUGACCGCUCUGACCACAUAUGGUGUCAGCGAACUGAAGCCAGCUGGCCUCACCACCGGAGCACCCUUCCUGCUUCCAGGUUUUGUGGUUCCACAGCCUUCUGGGAAAGGCCACACGGUCAGAAACAUCCAGGCUUUCUCUGUGCUUCAGAAUGCCUUCUUGAAGGCCAAGAGUGGUCGACUAGCACGUAUGAUCCUCGAAGCCAUCGCCAACAUCUACGCCGCAGACUAUGCCAACUAUUUCAUCUUAGAAGCGCAGCAUACGCUGUCGCAGUUCGCAGAGCGAGUAGCGAAGCUACCGGAGGUGCAGUCCAAGUACUUCGAGCUACUGGAGUUUGUUGUCUUCGGACUUAAUUACGUACCAUGCAAAGAGCUUUUUAGCGUUAGCGUGCUGUUAAAGUCGAGCACUUCUUACGGAUGCAGCAUCACAGCCACUCGCACUCUUCUCAAACUCGGGCGCCACCACCCUGUCUUCAGUGAUGUCUUCCGUGAAGUUGGACUGCUGGAAGUGCUAGUUAACCUGCUUCACAAAUAUGCAGCGCUGCUGAAAGACCCAACACAAGCCCAUGGAGAGCAGGGUGAUGCCAAGAACAAUGUGGCUGAAGAGCAGAAACAGCUUGCCUGGCUUGUCAUGGAGACACUCACAGUGCUCUUGCAAGGCUCAAACACCAAUGCAGGAUUGUUUCGGGAGUUUGGCGGAGCCCGGUGUGUGCACAACAUUGUGAAGUACCGUCAGUGUCGCGAACACGCUCUGAUGAUCAUUCAACAGCUGGUGCUGUCACCAUCUGGAGAUGAUGACAUGGGUACUCUGCUCGGCCUUAUGCACUCCGCACCGUCAACAGAACUACAGCUCAAAACUGACAUUCUGCGGGCUUUGUUAGCGGUGUUGCGCGAGAGCCACCGCACGCGCACCGUCUUCCGCAAGGUGGGCGGCUUUGUGUACGUGACCUCACUGUUGGUAGCCAUGGAGCGUUCUCUCUGUUCUCCACCUGUCAGCGGCUGGGAGAAGGUCAACCAGAACAAAGUCUUUGAACUUCUACACACCGUAUUCUGCACUCUAACGGCAGCCAUGCGUUACGAACCUGCCAACUCGCACUUCUUUCGCACCGAGAUCCAGUAUGAGAAGCUGGCCGAUGCGGUGCGACUGUUGGGAUGUUUUUCGGAUGCUAAGAAAGUUGGUCCAGCAACCGUCUUCCCCUCAAACGCCCAACCAUUCCAGCGGUUACUGGAGGAUGAGAUCAUACCUGCCGAAAACGUUUGUCCCACACUCAAGCACUGCAGCAAGCUGUUCAUCUACCUGUACAAGAUGGCCACCGACUCCUUUGACAGUCGUGCCGAGCAGGUGCCCCCCUGCUUAACUCACGAGACCUCGCUGCCCUCUCCUUGGGGCACGCCAGCAAUCGCCAGGAAGAGACACGGCUAUCACAGCUCAUCCAACUCUGCUCCUGGUAAAGCCCAAACCGACCUAAAGUUGCACAUGGGAAAUCCGUCCCAGCACUCUUCAGACCCUGUAGUCAUCCACCCUGGAGCAGUGUUGGCAGUGCUCGACCUCCUACCCUCCGUUUCUUCUGACACACAGCCUGAGCAUGCUCUGGACCUGCAGCUGGCGGUGGCUAACAUCCUGCAGCUGCUGGUGCAUUCAGAGAGGAACCAGCAGAUCCUGUGUGAGGCGGGUCUGCACUCACGCUUGCUUCAGCGCUGUAGCUGUGCUUUGGGAGAUGAAGAUCACCCACUCCACCCACCUCUGCAGAGGAUGUUUGAGCGACUGGCCUCCCAGGCCCUAGAGCCGAUGGUGCUCAGGGAAUUUUUACGACUUGGGAAUCCACUGAAUUGCGGUGCCUGGGACAAAAAGCUCCUGAAGCAGUAUCGGGUCCACAAGCCGAGCUCCCUCAGCUAUGAAGCUGAAAUGCGCAACAGCAUGACUCUGUCCAUGGAGGGUUUUGGACCAGAUAGCGUGUUCACGAUUAACGAGGACAACAGCCAGUACCGGAUCAGCCGAAGUCUGGUGCGAUCGGCUGAGGGCAGCACUGUGCCCCUCACCCGAGUCAAGUGCCUGGUCUCCAUGACGACGCCCCAUGACAUCCGUCUCCAUGGAUCCUCCGUCACACCCGCCUUCGUGGAGUUUGACACGUCAUUAGAGGGAUUCGGCUGCUUGUUUUUGCCCAGUUUGGCCCCUCACAACGCACCGUCCAGUAAUGCCAACACAUCUGGAGUCAGUGACGGGGCGGUGGUCAGCGGCAUGGGAAAUGGUGAGCGUUUCUUUCCACCCCCAUCUGGCCUGAGUUACUCAACGUGGUUUUGCGUUGAGCGUUUCAGCACGCCUCCCCAAAGCCAUCCCGUGCGUCUGCUUACGGUGGUGCGAAGGGCCACCUCAUCUGAGCAGCACUACGUGUGCCUGGCCAUCGUGCUCUCUGCUAAAGACCGAUCUCUCAUCGUGUCCACUAAGGAAGAGCUGCUUCAGACCUACGUGGAUGACUUCAGUGAGGAGUCCUCCUUCUAUGAGAUCCUGCCCUGCUGUGCUCGCUUCCGCUGCGCUGACCUCAUCACCGAGGGACAGUGGCACCACCUGGUGUUAGUUAUGAGCAAGGGAAUGCUGAAGAACAGCAUGGCAACUCUCUACAUCGAUGGACAGAUGGUCAGCAUGGUCAAGCUGCACUAUGUUCACAAUGCUCCCGGCGGCUCUGCCUCCGCAAAUCCACCUGUGGUGAGCACGGUGUACAGCUACAUCGGUACGCCACCAGCCCAGCGCCAGCUCUCAUCUCUGGUCUGGCGUCUGGGGCCCACUCACUUUCUGGAGGAGGUGCUGCCUGCAGCCAGUGUGGCUGCCAUCUAUGAGCUGGGACCAAAUUAUGUAGGCAGUUUCCAAGCUGUUUACCUGCCAUGUAAAGACUCAAAGACUGAGGCUGUGCCACCAUGUCCUGUUGGAUUGGUUCCUGAAGAGAAGGUCUCCUUCAGUCUCUUUGCUCACUCUGUAUCUACUCUCACUGUGGCCAAGAUACGAAAGGUCUACAACAAACUGGACAGCAAAGCCAUCGCCAAACAGCUGGGGGUUUCCUCUCAUGAAAGUGCCACGCCGGUCAAGCUCGUCCAUAAUGCAGUGGGCCAUCUCAACGGGUCAGCUAGGACCAUUGGAGCUGCAGUCAUCGGUUACCUGGGUGUGCGAGCCUUUGUAACCAAACCAGUGGCCACCAACCUCCAGUACAUCGGAGGAGCAGCUGCCAUUCUGGGCCUGGUUGCCAUGGCGUCAGAUGUGGAGGGUCUCUAUGCUGCAGUAAAAGCGUUAGUGUGUGUUGUCAAGAGCAACCCGCUAGCUAGCAAGGAGAUGGAACGCAUCAAAGGCUACCAGCUAUUGGCCAUGCUGCUGAAGAAGAAACGCCCUCUGUUGAACAGCCAUAUUCUGCACUUGACCUUCUCCCUCGUUGGAACCGUCGAUAGUGGCCACGAGACCUCAAUCAUCCCAAACUCCACAGCCUUCCAGGACCUGCUGUGUGAUUUUGAGGUUUGGCUUCAUGCUCCCUAUGAACUGCACCUUUCUCUCUUCGAGCACUUCAUUGAACUUCUGACUGAAUCCAGUGAAGCUGCUAAGAAUGCCAAACUAUUGCGGGAGUUUCAGUUGAUCCCCAAACUGCUGCUGACACUGAGGGAUCAAUCUCUGUCACAGCCCACCAUCGCUGCCAUCGGCAAUGUCCUCAGUCUCCUGCUGCAGGGCUUCCCCAACUCAUAUGACCUACUCAGGUUUGGGCAGUUCAUCUCUUCAACAUUGCCAACGUUUGCAGUCUGUGAGAAGUUUGUCAUUAUGGAGAACACCAAUGAGGAGAAGAUCGACAGGGGAGCUGAUGAUGAGUUUGGAGGCCUCCUGUCAUCCAACUUGAUUCUUCUGCGGAACAGACUGCUUGACAUCCUGCUCAAACAGCUCUUCAGCUGCAAAGAGAAGAACAUUGUUAAUGUACAGGCUUGCGAAGAGCUUGUGCGCACUUUGGGUUUUGAUUGGUUGCUGAUGUUUAUGGAAGAACACAUUCACUCCAGCACAGUGACGGCAGCUCUCUUAAUCUUGGUGGUGUUGCUGAGUAACCAAUCCAUCCUGAGCAGGUUUAAAGAGGGCCUGUCUGGAGGAGGAUGGCUGGACCACACCGACUCUGUGCUCACUAAUAAGAUUGGCACUGUUCUGGGUUUUAACGUGGGCCGCAGUGCAGGAGGCAGGUCGACAGUGCGUGAAAUCAACCGAGAUGCCUGUCAUUUCCCAGGAUUCCCUGUGUUGCAAACUUUACUGCCCAAACAUACCAAUGUCCCAGAGAUCUACUUCAUGCUCAUGGCCCUUUUCCUCCAACAGCCAAUCACAGAGCUGCCUGACAGCCUGCAGGUACAUUUUGACCUGGACUCUAUCUGGACGUUUAUAUUUGGCGUCCCGGCCUCCAGUGCUACAGUGGUGGGCUCCAUUCACAACAUGUGCACUGAAGCAGCGUUCCUGCUCCUGGCCAUGCUGCGCAGCAUGCUCAACCUGCCUUGGCAGUCAGAGGAGGAGGGUUCCUGGUUGAGAGAAUAUCCCAUCACUCUCAUGCAGUUUUUCCGUUACCUCUAUCACAACAUCCCAGAUCUGUCACCCAUGUGGCACAGCCCAGACUUCCUUUGUACACUAGCUGCCACAGUUUUCCCCUUCAAUAUACGGCCCUACUCUGAGAUGGUGACUGAUUUAGAUGAUGAAGCAGGCUCACCCACAGAAGAGUUCAAGGCAUUUGUGACAGAUACAGGCAUGAACCGCAGUCAGUCCGAAUACUGUAAUGUAGGCAAUAAAACCUACUUGACCAACCACCCAGCCAAGAAGUAUGUUUUUGACUUCAUGAGGGUCCUAAUCAUGGACAACCUGUGCAUGACACCUGCCACCAAACAGACCCCCAUUAUUGAUCUUCUUCUAGAGGCCUCACCAGAGCGCUCAACCAGAACCCAGCAGAAGGAGUUUCAGUCCUACAUCCUAGACAGCGUGAUGGAGCAGCUUCUGGCAGCAGAUGUUCUGUUGGGUGAGGAGGCAUCAUUGCCAAUAACAACAGGAGGAAGUUACCAGGUCCUGGUCAACAAUGUGUUCUACUUCACCCAGCGUGUGGUGGAUAAGCUGUGGCAGGGCAUGUUCAACAAAGAGUCCAAGCUAGUGGUGGAUUUCAUAGUUCAGCUGAUCACCCAGUCGAAACGGCGAUCACAGGGUUUGUCUCUGGACUCAAUCUACCAUUGUCUGAACCGAACAAUCCUCUACCAGCUCUCACGACCACACAAGACGGUCCCACAACAGGUCACCCUGCUGGAUUCACUACGUGUGCUGACAGUAAACCGAAACCUCGUGCUGGGACCCGGCAACCAUGACCAGGAGUUUGUGGCCUGUCUGGCCCACUGCUUGAUAAACCUGCACACGGGGAGUAGUGUCGAGGGCUUUGGUUUGGAGGCAGAGGCCAGAAUGACCACCUGGCAUGUCGCAGUUCCUUCUGAGAACGAGUCGGACAGUGUCCAAAGCCAGGAUGUUAGCGAAGGUCGUCAAUUGCUGCUCAAGGCAGUGAAUCGUGUGUGGACGGAGCUCAUGCACAGUAAGCGGCAAAUGCUGGAGGACAUUUUUAAAGUGUCUCUACCCGUCAAUGACCGAGGACAUGUAGACAUCGCCACUGCACGACCUGCUUUAGAGGAACCUGCUGCUAAAAGCUGGCAGAACCACCUGGUACAUGAGAAGAAAUGCAUCAGCAGGGGUGAAACCGUUGCCCCAGCAAAUCAGUCUAAACUGUCUCGAGUCAGCAGUGGCUUUGGUCUGUCCAAACUGACCGGCUCCCGUCGCAGCAAAAAGGAAAGUGGAAUGAACAAGAACAAUCUUUCUGCACAGGAAACCUUUCAGUGGAUGUUCACGCACAUCGCUGUGGUCCGGGACUUGGUAGCAAUGCAGUACAAGGAGCAUCAAGAGAGGCAGCAGAAUGCACUUAAGUAUGUGAUGGAUGAGUGGGCAGGGAUUGAAUAUGAGCUGCUUCGGGAGAGGGGUCUCUGGGGGCCUCCUAUUGGCUCCCACCUGGACAAGUUUCAGUUGGACAUGACCGAGGGACCCUGUAGAAUGAGGAAGAAGAUGGUUCGGAAUGACAUGUUUUACAUUCACUAUCCCUAUGUGCCUGAUCCUGAGCCCAACGCAAGCACUCAGAAUCAAUCUCAGGUGCCAUUAAUGGGUGCAAUGGUAAACAUAACAGUCCAGAAACCGGUGCGUUACAGACGAGCGAUAAGCUACGACAGUAAGGAGUAUUACAUGCGGCUGCUGUCGGGGAACCCGGGGAUGUACCAGCACUCCAUAGAGCAGAACACAGAGGGAGAGACCACACAGCAUGAGCCUGAACAUGGAGAGGACACCAUCGCAAGGGUCAAAGGUCUGGUUAAGGCUCCUUUGAAGCGUUCCCGCUCUACAGCAGAUGGAGCUGAUGAGGACAGUCAAGACCAGCUGCAAGAGUUGCUGGAGUCAGGAGCUUUGGAUGAGGAGCAGAAAACUGACAACACCACACUUCUCCGCCUGCUGGAGGAGGGAGAGAAGAUCCAGCAUAUGUACCGCUGUGCUCGAGUUCAGGGUCUGGACACCAGUGAAGGGCUGCUCUUAUUUGGGAAAGAGCAUUUCUAUGUGAUCGACGGCUUCACCAUGACAGUCACCAGAGAGAUUAGAGACAUUGAGACACUCCCUGCAAAUAUGCAUGAGCCUAUCAUUCCCAGAGGGGCCCGGCAGAGCAAGAGUCAGCUGAAACGAACCUGCAGCAUCUUUGCUUACGAAGACAUCAGAGAGGUGCACAAGCGUCGCUACCUGCUUCAGCCCAUGGCAGUAGAAGUGUUUUCUGGAGAUGGAAGAAAUUAUCUGUUGGCUUUCCAAAAAGGGGUCCGGAACAAAGUGUAUCAAAGAUUCCUGGCAGUUGUUCCCUCACUAGCCGACAGCUCUGAAUCUGUCUCUGGGCAACGUCCCAACACCAGUGUGGAGCAAGGGUCUGGUCUUCUCAGUACGCUGGUCGGCGAGAAGUCAGUGACCCAAAGAUGGGAGAGAGGUGAAAUCAGUAAUUUCCAGUAUCUGAUGCAUCUCAACACACUGGCUGGCAGGUCAUAUAAUGACCUGAUGCAGUAUCCUGUCUUUCCAUGGAUCCUGGCAGACUUUGACUCCGAGGAACUGGACCUCAACAAUCCAAAGACAUUCCGAAACUUAUCCAAACCCAUGGGAGCUCAGACAGAUGACAGACUGAUCCAGUACAAGAAAAGAUUCAAAGACUGGGAGGAUCCCAAUGGUGAGACUCCAGCAUAUCAUUACGGCACUCAUUACUCCUCUGCAAUGAUCGUGGCCUCAUAUCUGGUCAGAAUGGAGCCUUUCACACAGAUCUUUCUCAGGCUUCAGGGAGGACAUUUUGAUCUGGCUGACCGAAUGUUUCACAGUGUACGAGAGGCUUGGCUCUCUGCUUCCAAACACAACAUGGCUGAUGUGAAGGAACUCAUUCCUGAGUUCUUCUACCUUCCUGAGUUCCUGCUCAAUUCUAACAACUUUGAUCUUGGGAGCAAACAGAAUGGCACCAGGCUUGGAGAUGUGAUUCUGCCUCCAUGGGCAAAAGGAGACCCGAGAGAGUUCAUCAGGGUUCACAGAGAGGCUUUGGAGUGUGACUAUGUCAGCGCCCAUCUGCAUGAAUGGAUCGACCUGAUCUUUGGUUACAAGCAGCAGGGUCCUCCAGCAGUGGAAGCAGUCAAUGUCUUCCACCAUCUCUUCUAUGAAGGCCAGGUGGACAUCUACAACAUUAACGACCCACUUAAAGAAACAGCUACCAUUGGAUUCAUCAACAACUUUGGCCAGAUCCCAAAACAGCUGUUCAAGAAGCCCCAUCCUCCAAAGCGGGUGCGCAGUAAGUCAAACGGAGAGGCACCUGGUGGACCUGUUACACUUAACUCCAGCUUAGACAAGAUCUUCUUCCAUCAUCUGGACAACUUGCGGCCUUCUCUCACCCCUGUCAAAGAGCUGAAGGAGCCGGUGGGUCAGAUUGUGUGCACUGACAAGGGCAUUCUGGCUGUUGAGCAAAACAAGGUGUUGGUUCCUCCUGCCUGGAAUAAAACGUACGCCUGGGGCUACGCAGACCUCAGCUGCCGCCUCUCCAACUACGAAUCUGACAAGGCGGUUGUAGUAUAUGAGUGCCUGUCUGAGUGGGGUCAGAUCCUGUGUGCUAUCUGCCCCAAUCCCAAACUGGUCAUUACUGGAGGAUUAAGCACCGCAAUCUGUGUGUGGGAGACCGGGACUUCCAAAGAGAAAGCCAAGUCCCUCACACUCAAACAGGCUCUUCUGGGCCACACAGAUGCAGUUACAUGUCUCACAGCAUCAUCAGCUUACCACAUCAUCGUGAGUGGCUCUCGGGACCGUACGUGUAUCAUUUGGGACCUGAAUAAGCUGUCUUUCGUCACUCAGCUGAGGGGCCACCGGGCUCCCGUCUCGGCGCUCUGCAUCAACGAGCUUACAGGUGAUAUAGUGUCCUGUGCUGGCACCUACAUCCAUGUGUGGAGCAUCAAUGGAAGCCCCAUCGCCAGCGCCAACACUUUCACCGGCCGCAGCCAACAAAUCCUCUGCUGCUGCAUCUCGGAGAUGAAUGAGUGGGACACGCAGAAUGUUAUCGUUACGGGACACUCCGACGGUGUUGUCAGGUUCUGGAGAAUUGAGUUCCUCCAAGUCCCAGAAACCCCUGCUCCAGAGCCUAUAGAACCCCCUGAUGUUCCAGACUGCUGUGGAGAGAUUGAAGGUCGUGAUGCUCCAGAGGAUGACAGCAGUGAGUCUGAAGGAGAGGAAGCCAGCCUUAGUCAGGACCCUAAACCUCGGACCUCAAACAGCCAGCCCAGCAGUACUGUGCACAGACCCAAACCUCGCACUGGAGCCUCCUGGUCGGUGGACAGUGGCUCAGACGACUCCCGCCGCUGGUCGGACACGCUCAGUAUUGACGAGAAGGACGGCUUUGUUUUUGUAAACUACUCAGAGGGCCAGAUUAGACCGGGAAUUCCCUCACAGCCACAUUUACAACCGCACUCAGCACCCUCACACGGACCGGUACCACAGCCUCUUCAGCCCAGUACUAUGGAGGCUCGGUCGUACAACAAACUCAAACCAGGCUACAGAUGGGAGAGACAGCUGGUGUUCCGGAGCAAACUCACCAUGCACACAGCGUUUGACCGCAAGGACAACGCUCAUCCUGCGGAAAUCACCUCGCUUGCCAUUUCAAAAGACCACAGUAAGAUCCUGGUAGGCGACAGCCGUGGCCGUGUGUUUAGCUGGUCUGUCAGUGAUCAGCCCGGACGCUCUACCGCAGAUCACUGGGUGAAGGACGAGCAGGCGGACAGCUGCUCUGGAUGCAGCGUGCGUUUCUCCCUCACCGAAAGACGCCACCACUGCAGAAACUGUGGCCAGGUCUUCUGCCAGAAGUGUAGUCGCUUCCAGUCAGAGAUCAAGCGGCUGAAAAUCUCCUCUCCUGUGCGUGUGUGUCAGAACUGUUACUACAACCUACAGCAUGAGCGAGGCUCUGAAGAAAGCCCGAGAAACUAGAUCACCCGCACCCCCGCAUCACAUGCCCAAAGCCCAAAACACCAACCACCCGAAAAAAAAAAAAAACCAUUUCACUGCUCCCCGUGCAAAAUCUCAUCGGUAAAGCACUGACGUAGACCAAAAUGGGAUCACUAAUGCUCAUAAUUUCACACACUGCAGAAGUGCGACCAUUCAAAAGACGAUUGUUAGUUUACUUUCAUUCAUGCAUUUUCUUUUGCAGUAUGCUCCGUCAUCUCAUCGGCGUCAUCCGCAAAGUCGGCAUCACGUUUAGAUUUUAGAAAAAGCAAUGCGUAUAAAACGCUUCCUGAUGAAACGAGAUGACAUUUGUUUAUAUUGUAAAUACUUACAAUGGCAUUUUUAACUAGAAACGGUAAAAACAAAAAGUCAUUAUUAAGAGAUAAAAAGAAGAAAUCCAAAACACAACACGUUGCUUGUAAUAUAGUAUUACAGUAUGUUAAAAAAUCACUCCUGGCUUUAAAAGAACAAAAAUGCGAGCGUGUGUGUAAGUCGAUGUCACAAGUCACAGCCUCCCAGCGGGAAUAAUAUUGGGGACUAUGAAUGUUGAUAAAUGUUUGUGGGUUGACAUUACUAGCUUGUCUAGUUAUGCAAAUGCUUAAUAUGUUUCUUUUAUAUGUUCUGUUCAAGUGUUGCCCACAGUAUCAGCCAGUUGCCACAGAUUUCAGUUUUUUCAGUUUCAGUUUUGUUGCCAACCUGCCUUGAUUAUGUAAUUAUUAUCAUAUUUUAACAGUCAAAUAGGUCAAUGAAAGUAUGUAAAUGUUGAAUUCAGAAUAAUGACCGCUUUAAAUGUUUUUUAAUGACCUUUAAAUGAUUCCACCACAUUUCAAAGACUAAUAUGAAACAUUUCUGAAGCUUCACAGUUUCUGCUUAGUUCAUAUUGGAUGUUUUGCAUCUGUACAUUUUGCAUUAGUAUGGAAUUUCUCUGACUGACCUUAAUGUGAUUCCUCAUCUGUUGUUAACUAAUAUGAAUUAGACGACUUAAAUGUUCUGACACUAGCUUUAAAAUGGUUGUUUUUAGUAAAAACAUACAUUUAUUCUUCUUCUCACCAUUUUAACCAUUUGCGAUGUUGCACCAGUGUAAAUGUCUGUAGAUUAUGAAAGCAAUAGUUACUGAUGUUUUCACUCCACACAUUUCACGAAAGAUGUAGCUUAAUGUUAUCAUGUGUAAAGAAUAAGGGAUUUAACACUUUUAAUGGACUGGAAGCCUAGUUUCUCUUCAUUUUAGACCUUUUUUUGAUACUGUGGGCAAUACCUUAUUAAAAGUGCUGCUUUAAGUAAUAGAGAGAAUUUCUUUUUCUUUCUUUAAAUGUUCUGACACUUACACUUUUAAAAGAUUUGUUACCAUUGCAGUUGUUUUAUUCACUGUUGUAUGAUUUCCGUACAGCCUAAUAUGCACUCGUUAUAGUUGAAUUCUAUAUUAAUGUACUGUAAAUCAGCGUGCAAUCAUAACAUCAUAAAGCUGUUGGGAUUUUGCUGUCGACAAGCAGCUCAAAGAUCAAAUGGCUAUAUCAAUCUGAAAUUAUUUUUGCACCUUGACAUGUAGACAAGACAAAGAGAUGGAGUAAUCACUGUUUUAUCAGAUGUGUUUUUAUGUUGUGGGCUGUUAUUUUGAAAGGGUGCAUUUCUUUACAGUGAGAUGAACUGUACAAAGUAUUUAUGCAAUUAUAAGGAUUUCUUUUUUAUGAUUAUGAUUUUUUUUUUUUUUUUUUUCAGCAAGUUUGGUUACUUGUUGCAUGUCUAACACAGCUGACUUUCUGUGUCAGUGUAUUGUACAUGUUUUUGGCAUUAUGUUUUAUUUGUUUUCUCUUUUUGCUCAUUUUUACGGCAUUAUCUAACGAGUCGAUCCUGAAGCCCUGAAGGUUUUGUGUACAGUUUUAGGCGGAUAUACAGAGUGUCCCACAACUCUGGGUUGACUUUUAUACUCUAUGUAUGGAUGUUGAGGACUGAUCCCAGAACUGAUGAAAUACACACGGAUUGUCCCUGUUUGGUGGUCUUGUGAUAGACUGCAUUACUACAGUAUCUAGUGUGCAAAACUGUGGUAGCUGAAUGUUCAUUGUAUAUUUGUGUUGAGAAACAAUUACAUGAACCCCUCCCCCCAUAAAUAACCCCUAUACCUGUUAUUAUGACGCAAUAGAUAUGGUACUCAUACUUUUUAAUUUAAUUUCAAUUAAAUACUUGCUGUUUACCACCA